AUGAGCACUCAGGCUAAUCACGCCAUUGAAUACGCAGACCUUGGCACAAAAUUCGCUGAAGGCCUGUGGCCUCUUCUCCUCCUCCUCCUCCUGAUCCUUCUUCCUCUUCUUGUUCGUCUUCGUCUACUUCUUGUACUGCUUCGUCUUCUUCUGCUGCCGCUGCCGCUGCCCCUGCCGACGCCGCUUCUGCUGCUGCUGAUGCUGCUGCUGCUGCUGCUGCUGCUACUGCUGCUGCAGCCUCUUCCCUUUGUGCUGCUGCUCACUCCGUCUAUGCGCCUUCUUGCCGAUCAUCACUCCGUCUCACCUGACUACUUGUGUUUCCACUAA